ACAGAGCUUUGGUCACUCAUUGGACACAGACCCCUGAGCUGCAGGGCCUGACCCAGCCUGAGGGCCAGAAUAUUACAUGACAAGCACGCCAGUAAGCUGUUCAGGACUUUAACAAGAGCUCUUUACCGUGGCCCUUGGAAACCACCGGCAGGAGUCGCGUUGUGGCCCCGCAUGAGCCGCGCAGGUUUCAUAUCAGUCAGGGAAAACUCAAAUUCGCAUAGAUGAGGCAUAUUCUCACCAAACUAGAGCUAAGUUGGCCAACUUAAGCCACUCUGGGAAAUGAGGGGAGCCCAUCACGGGGGAUGUUGAACUGUUAAAUGAUGAUUUAUGCGGAGACCCGCCGCCACAAAUCUGUCAGAGAUGAGAGGCAAAUAAUUUUCUAGCAUAUUCCUGACAGCAUCACUGUAGAGAUGAAAGCCAGGUUUGACCGUCUGGAGGAGCUUGAUGUCCUUGGCUUAGGAGACUGCAAGAAAUUUUUUGAAGAAAUUUGAUUAUCGCAAAUUGAAGGGCCCGGCCAGUUAUGCGAAAUCAUUUGAUGUGAUUAGAUUCGAGUCUGAUUUGGUGGCUCCAAGUGGUGACGCCAGUGCAGCUGCUUAGUUGCUUGACAGACAGUGAUCCGCCAUAGAGACUGGACUUUUGGCCUUACCUGUCCCCUCUGUCACCGCAUCCAUGGAGAGCUCCUUUCAGCGUAAAAGCGCAUAAAGACAGAAGAGAAUGGAGAAAAACAUGCUUUUGUCCUUGGCUUUUAUUUUCAUUGACAAGGAGAAACUUAUGAAAUUGAGGCAAACAACGACCAAGAAGGACUUUGACAACAAAGACACUGACAUUAUGUCCUCUGGGACAGGCGCAUGGACGUCCUCUACAAAUAAAGACUUCAGAUGUGUCCCAUGCCAGCCAGAGUGGCCCUUCAGUCCCAACAUGGAGUCCAGAAGUCAGAACGACAGCGACGGGGGAGGAGGACGCCAUGGGUGGUCGUCGUCAUUGACCGGCUUGCUGGGCGCGCCGCAUGACGACGGGAGACCGCAGCCACGGCCUCCCCAAGCCCAGGAUGGCCCGCCGGAUCCUGGGUUUACGAACGGGCAGCCUCCUCCGACUCCACCCGUGCUAUCUCUGGAUCAGAUUCGGAUAAGCAGGAGUAGCAACGAGUACACGGAAGGGCCCACAGUUGCUCAAAGGUCGCCUGCCGCUCAGCGUACUCAACAGAAGAAUGACCUGUCUGUGUCACCGGCUCCAAGGACCAACGAGCAGCAGGAGACUCGGGAGGAGAGGCCCAAUAAUCUCCGGAACCUGUUUCCAUUGACUCAGCACGGCAACGCGCACGCUUCCAUCGCCACCAGGGAAGGCGUGGUGCGGUCCUCCAGCGCCGAGGACUCUCAGAGCAGCAUCAGGACCAGCAUAGGCAGCGCCUCCUCAGGCCAGAGGCUCCUCAGCAGCCCGACAGCCGGCGAGCAGAUAAUCAGAACCCAGCCCAAACGUGCGGAGCCCAGUCUGGACGAGCUCAAACCUCUGAAUGAUGCUUCCGGGACGGUUGUGGUCAUGCCGGGCAGGGGAAGGGAUGGACUUCCGGGUAAACACUCCUACCGGUGCGAGGACUGCGGGCGGUGCCGGUGUCCGGACUGCAGUCGCCCACGGGUGCUCCCCUCCUGCUGGAUGUGCGGCCGCCGGUGCAUGUGCUCGGCGCAGAGCGCGGUGGAGUACGGGACGUGCGUCUGCUGCGUCAAGGGGCUUUUCUACCACUGCUCCAGCGACGACGAGGACACGUGCGCGGACAAGCCCUUCUCGUGCUCGCAGUCGCACUGCUGCGUCCGCUGGACCACCGUGUCGUUGCUCUCCCUCGUCCUCCCCUGUAUCCUCUGCUACCUCCCGGCUAAAGGAUGCCUCGCCGCGUGCCAGAGCUGCUAUGACCGAGUCAGACGACCCGGCUGUCGGUGCAAGAGCACAAACCCAGUCCACUGUGAGGCUGUCAACAAGCCAACGUAGAGACGAGAGAAUGGGUUGGGGAGGGCAUAUAUUUUGAGUUUGUGUUGAAAUGUAGAAGGAUGGGAAGAUAAUGACUCCAUGUUGACUGAAUUGUUCAGCGUUUCGGCCCCUGUAGCUCUGUAGUCGAGAAGUUUGACUAGAAGACUGGUGAUGCUGUUGUGCCUCUGAUUAUUAUUUUAUUAUUUUUUUCCCCCCGAUUUCGUUUCUCUAUCUAUGGUUCUUAAAAGAUCUGGGUAAAGACAUGUUCUUAAGUUGCCUCUUGUUCUCAACUUUGUAAAUCGGGCUGACAGAAUUCAUAACUACCUAAAGGCCCUUGAGGUGCGUCGACUCGGCCCAGCAUUAGAGGUGUCACUCGAAAGGUAAACCAAAAUUAAGCGCUCCACAUUGAUUCCCGUAUGAAAACAUAUUCAGCUACUGUUUUGUCCACGUCUCGUCCUCAAACCCGGAUUCCCUCACGCAAGUGCCCAGAUGUUGUGUUGUUGCUAUGAGAGUCCAAAUUGAUAUCUUUUUUUUUUUUUUUUUUUUUUUAACAUUUAAUACAACUUAUUUGCUAAGAACAGACUCUUGUUACUAACUGUAUGUAAAAUAGUAAUUGCAAAAAGUAUGUAAAUUAGAAAAUUACUUUCUGAGAGAUGUUUUAUUUUUGUAUAUAAUAAUACUUCAACUGUGAAAAAGGAUUUCUGCCAUGCCAGAGGCACCUUGAUGAAUCCACAUAUAUAUGAAUCAGUCAUUCAUACAAUGUUGUACAUUCACUGGAAUGUAUAUCAAUCAUUUUAUGUAAUUUGCAAAGGAAAAAUCUUAUCCCUUCAACGUGUAAAUUGUACAGUGACCUUAUAAGAAAACUUUAUUUUCUAAUUUCAUUCUGUUUAGUGUAAAGUUAAAAAAAAUAUAUAUUUAUUUGAAGGUUUAUUAUUUUAUAAUGAAAUAUUUAUUUUGAGAAAGCAUUGUUAAUAUGUCACCCCCCCCUUUGGGCUAUUCUGUAGUUUCUUGCUGCAAGGUUGAUGUGACCUGCAGGAGUGUCAAAGCUGGAUGAAUAGUUCACUAUGAAUUAGAAGACAAAUAUAUUAACGUUUGAAAUUAAACCGC